AUAAGAGCUGCAGGAUAUAUCUGGGUCAAAUGAGUUCAAGUCUGCUAUCAUGAAAGUGACAUCGAUUUUCUUGUGGAAAUCUUUUUGGGAAUUUAUGAUUUUUCAAUACUAUUUAUGCUGUUGUUUUAUGAACCAGAAAAAUUAUGAUUUGAGUGGGAGGACCAUUGAGUAUUUUUCUUUUGCAAGUUGUGAUUAUGGAUGUCUGCUAAAUGUGUCCUCACUCACCUUCUCUGUCCUAGCAUGAAAUUUCUUGUGCUGGCCAUCAAAGAAGCUUAUUUAUAGCCUACCUUUUCUGGUAUUGCUUUGAAAAGCUUUUAUUUAUUCUCCAAGAAUGGUGGCACUAAAAUUCAAAGUCUAGUGGUCUACCUGUUUUAAGCCGCUUCCAUAUUUAGAGCUUGUGCCUUCAAAGUAUAAGUACUCACUGUACUCAGGAGUAAAUUUUUGAGCUCAACAGUAUGAAAAGCAGAAGAGGAAAGCCCUCUGAGGCUUUCUGGCCUUCCCUUAUGAUGAAGAAAUGGCUAAACAUAAAGCCAAAGGAAUAUGAUUUCAGUGCAGAUGAGGUUGAUACUGAAACUGAAACUGAAACUGAAACGGAAAGUGAAGAUGACGGUUACUCUCUCAAAGAUGCAAGAAAGCACAUGCGUGAUGAUCAUGGCCUUAGAGAAAACCAUUCCGAUUUCCGAAGUCAACUUUCAGAUCUUCCAUCUAAGGGCUACCAGUUAAAACACCGGAGAGGGAAAUCAGAAACUGUACGUGCUCAGUACAUAAACACAAAGGAUGUGAGGGUGACAGUAGGCAGUUGGAAUGUUGCUGGAAGACUUCCGUAUGAAGAUCUUGAUAUUGACGAUUGGCUUUGUACCGAAGAACCAGCAGAUGUUUACAUUCUUGGUUUUCAAGAGGUUGUCCCUUUGAAUGCUGGGAAUGUACUGGGAGCAGAGGAUAACAAAUCAAUACCAAAAUGGGAGGCAAUCAUUCGAAAAACUCUGAACAAAUCCUUGGAACCCGAAAGCAAACACAUAUGCUACAGUGCUCCACCUUCACCAGUACAAAGGACUUCUUCUGUUGCUGAUGUACUUGCAGAAACUAAUGCUCAUCCGUUAGGUUUUCUGGGCCAGGAAUAUGUUGGAGCUACUAAUGGUUGUGACUUGGAACAUGGUCAAUUGAAUAAAGUACUCAGCAUUGGGAGAAAUUUGCAAUGGAGGAGAAUUUAUGGCAUCGAUUGCGAUAGUAGGCUAGAUUGGCCUGAACUUUCAUUAGAUGCAACCCCUCAAGUUGUCUUCACCAGUUCCAAAUUGCGGCGGGUGCUGAGCAGUUCUGCAAGAAUGAGCUUUAAUACCUCGGAUAAUCCUUUAAUAUUCAGUCCUCAAAUUUCACAAAAAGAUGGUGGAUUGAAAAGAUCACACCAUAGCUCUGGGAACCUGCGGAGAUCAAUCUCUGUGGAGCAGCAAGUGAUGCCUCAAGUUUUUGACACUCUCUCUAAUGUGUCUGACAGUGUUUUGGAAGAGGAAGAUGAUUUCUUUCAUGAAUUACCAAAUGAACAACUGAAAAAUGAAGUUAUCGACGAUGGAGCAAAGUUACCUUCUACAUAUGUCCGAAUUGUCAGCAAGCAAAUGGUAGGGAUAUAUAUAUCCGUCUGGGUGCGUAAGAAGUUGAGGAGACACAUUAACAAUCUGAAAGUAUCUCCAGUUGGGGUUGGUCUAAUGGGCUUCAUGGGAAACAAGGCUGAAGAUUGCAUUAAUUGUAGAGGAGACAACAUGUUAUAAUGUGCUGAUCAAUUGUUGAAUGUUCUUGCCUUAAUGCUAUUGACCAUCUUCGUAAUUCAUGGUUGC